GGUGUUACAAAUAUUGUACUCUAUUUUAAGAACAAAAUAAACGCAUUGGUUUAAAAUCAGCUGUUGUGCUUGAUUCGUAAAAUUAUAUACAUGCUUUUUUUUAACAUUUUAACUUGAGCAUCACACUGUUUUAACACAAUUCCAGAUGGGCUGCUGAUUUCAGCACAAUACACCAAAUGUUUGUUUUCAAGGGAUUUCAUUGUUGCACACAAAUGUCCUAAUGUCAAACAGGACAAGAGAGUUUUUACUGGAGUUGUGGAGGGCUCCAGAUUGUUUGAUAUAAGGUGGUCAUUCAACUUUGUCGAAGAACCUUUGGUCAAUUCGUCUUUUGUUGUUCAUACUAUGAUGUGAACAGAGUCAACAACCAAUAGGAGCGAUCCAUUCAGGAAGCAGCUAACCAUGAACGGGACUCCACAGGCUGCUGUUGGACUGAACCACUGAAAGUUUGACAUGGAGACAAAGGAAGUUCAUAGAAGCCUGCUAGUUUGUAAUCCUAAUCCAGCUACCAUUACAGCCUUGAUCCGCCCAGAUAACAUAAAAGGGUUCAAGUGAAGAGUAAGCAUCAAUACAAAAAAAGAAUUGUAGAUUGUUGGUAGUUACAUAUUUGUAUCUCCAAAGAUUAAAGGAGCAAUAUGUAACUCUGACACCUAGUGUUUAGGAUGGGUAAUGCAAUCCAAAUUUCAAACAAUGAAGAAACCUGUCUCCCCCUGCCCCCUCCACCUUAAAGUUGAUGCAAGUUUCCAUGUCACGGACAGAGAAACUUCAGAUUUAAACCAGCUCUGCAUCGGUCUUGAUACCUUUCUGCACAAAAGCAUCUCCAAUAUUUAUCUUAGUUUUACCACUUACCUGGUUGAGAAGCUUUAUAGAAAAAUGCAGAGUCUAUUUGGGUCGGGUAGAAUCAGUUAUAUCUGAACCAGUUCCCUUGCCUGCUUUCAUUGCUGCAAGAAGAAAAGAUAAAAGACCAGCUUCACAAGUUCUGAAUGACCCACAACAGCGUUUAGAUGUACAUCAGUCAACUAUAAAACACUUAUGCAGAUAGUAAUGCAGAGCAGCACUUGUAUAUGUGACCCAACGAAAUGUGUUGUCACAUUUUGUUAUUGUAUUUUGUUAUUUUGUAUGAAUAUUAUGCAAAUGUAUCUGUGUUUUGGUUAAAGAAGUUAUUUUGGAGCUGUUCCUGUAUUUGCCACCUCCCUUGCUGAGCGGGCUGUUUAUCGUCCUUGCUGCACUCUGCUUCAGGCUGGCAGAAGCGAGAGAAGAGUGAACAACUACAGUCGACUCAGUGUGUUUUCUUUGUCUUUUACAGGACUCUGUGGAACAGGCAGUUAAAUGCUGGAAACCCCCUCUUUCUGUUAUUCUGCCUGAAAGCUGAGACUCUGUUUUACCAGUUGGUAGUUUUUGUUAUAAGGACAUGGAGAUAGGAUGCAGAGUCAGCAGGCUGUGCAUUCUCAGCGUGGUACUAGCUGUAGCCGCGGUUGCAACCAUUGUCACAUUGUGGACUCUUGCCCUGACAAAAACGGCCCCUUGGGAAAGAUAUCGUCUCCCUGCUGAUUUGAUCCCUGUCUCCUACAACAUCACCCUGUGGCCUCGUCUCAGCCCCGACCCAGACACUGGCCUCUACAUUUUUACAGGCCAGUCCACUGUGAAGUUUGAGUGUGUGAAAGAAACAGAUCUCAUCCUGAUCCAUUCCAAUAAACUCAACUACAUGACGCUGGAGAACACACACAUCGCCAGGCUAAGUGCUUCAGAUGGUGGAUCUGCUCCCAGCUUUAAGAAGUAUUGGCUCCAGCCUGAGACACAGCAUCUGGUCAUCCAGCUGACUGCUGAAUUAACUCUAAACCAGACUUACGAGCUGUACACCGAGUUCACUGGAGAACUAGCCGAUGAUCUGGAAGGCUUUUACAGGAGCGAAUAUGAAGAAGAUGGAAUACAAAAGAUUGUUGCCACAUCUCAGAUGCAUCCAACUCAUGCCAGAAAGACGUUCCCUUGUUUCGAUGAGCCGGCUAUGAAAGCUGUUUUCCACAUAACGCUCAUCCACCCUGCUGGGACCGUGGCCCUGUCAAAUGGCAUGGAAAUAGAUAUUGUGAACAUUACUAUGGAUGGAGCAGCUGUGACACGGACCAAUUUUGAGCCCACCAAGAAAAUGUCCAGCUAUCUAUUAGCCAUUAUUGUCUCUGACUACACACACAUCAGGUCAACACAAGGAGACAUUCUGAUCCGUAUCUGGGCUCGCAGGAAGGCCAUUGAGCAGGGACAGGGGAGCUAUGCCCUCAAUGUGACUGGACCCAUACUGGACUUUUUCCAGUCAUACUAUAACAUCUCCUACCCUCUGAGCAAGUCAGAUCAAAUUGCCUUGCCAGACUUCUAUUUUGGUGCGAUGGAGAAUUGGGGUUUGGUGACGUAUAGAGAGACCAACCUUCUCUAUGACCCUGUGACCUCCUCCAACAGAAACAAAGAGACCACUGCCACCAUUAUUGCACAUGAACUCGCACAUAUGUGGUUUGGUAACCUGGUGACCCUGCGCUGGUGGAAUGAGGUCUGGCUGAAUGAGGGCUUUGCUUCAUAUGUGUCCUACCUGGGAGCGGACUAUGCUGAGCCCACAUGGAACGUGAAAGACUUGAUCGUGCUCGAUGAUGUACAAAAGGUGAUGGCAGUGGAUGCCUUGACCUCCUCUCAUCCCCUGUCCUCUAAAGAAGACAGCAUCAUCCUGCCAAACCAGAUCACUGAGCAGUUUGAUACUAUCUCAUACAGCAAGGGUGCAGCAGUGCUGAGGAUGAUGUCUGAUUUCCUCUCAGAGCCCGUCUUCGUCCAGGGACUAAGUAGUUACCUCAAUCACUUUUCCUACAGUAACACAGCAGGGGACGACUUGUGGGACCAUCUCCAAAUGGCUGUGGAAAUCAAUGAUGUUUCACUCCCUGAGCCAGUCAAUAUAAUCAUGAACCGCUGGGUGCACCAAAUGGGCUUCCCUCUGAUUACCAUAGAUACUAACACAGGAAGAGUAUCCCAGAAGCACUUUCUACUGGAUCCAGAGUCCACUGUCAUGGUAGAAUCACCUUACAACUAUGAAUGGAUUAUUCCUAUAAGAGGAAUGAAGAAAAAUGUCGUCCAAAGACACAUCUGGUGGCUGCGGGGAAAACAAGCGACAAACUUCUUUAUGCAAUCGCAUCUUUCCUGGGUUUUGGCAAAUGUCAAUGUAACUGGAUAUUACCGGGUACACUACGAUCCUGGGAACUGGGAGAGCCUCUUCGUCCAGCUUGCUGGAGGAGAUCACCAGGUUAUACCAGUUUUAAACAGAGCCCAGCUUAUCGAUGAUGCCUUCAGCUUGGCCAGGGUUCAGCUGGUCAAUAAAGUUCACGGCCUGAGGCUAAUCUCUUACCUGAUUUCGGAGAGAGAUUACAUUCCUUGGCAAACUGCACUGGAUAAUCUAAACUAUUAUUACCUAAUGCUGGAUCGUACUGAGGUCUAUCAGCCUUUGCAGGACUACAUAAAGAAGCUGGUAACGCCGCUCUACCUGUACUUCAAGGAGAUGACAUCAAAUUGGGCCAAUGUUACUGAGGGACACACUGACCAGUACAACCAGGCGAACGCCAUCCAAAUGGCCUGCAAGACUGGCCUAACCGAAUGCCAUAACUUGACAACGGGAUGGUUCAAACAAUGGAUGGACAAUCCUCAACACAAUCCGAUCCCUUCUAACCUGCGUUCAGCAGUGUACUGCAGCGCUAUGGCAGAGGGCAACGUGGCAGAAUGGGAGUUUGCAUGGUUCCAGUACACGAGAGCUACUGUAGCCAGCGAGGCCAGCAAACUCAUGUCUGCACUGGCCUGUACCAACAACACACAACUGCUGGAAAGGUAUCUCUCUUACACCUUAAACCCAGCUAUGAUACGUAAGCAGGACGCCUCCUUUGUGAUCACAUCUGUGGCCAGCAACACAAUGGGCCAAAGUCUGGCAUGGGACUUUGUUAGGGAACAGUGGGAAUACAUGUUCACACAGUAUGGUGUGGGCUCCUUCUCCUUUGCUUCUAUUAUCAGUGGGGUCACGGCAAGGUUCUCUACGCCCACUGAGCUACAACAGCUGGAGGAAUUUAUGGAUGAGCACAGCACAGCGGGAUUUGGUUCUGCCACGCAGGCUGUAAAACAGGCUUUGGAGAGGACCAAAGCCAACAUCAAGUGGCUGCAACAGAACAAACAAGAUAUCCUGGACUGGCUUACUUACUAAUACUGUAAGAAAGAGAUAGGGGACUCAGAGCUGACUCAACUCUAGUAAAAAAGUGUUUUUUCUCUGAUCAAAAAACACAGAUAACUGAAAGAGAAGUGUCUGGCUACCAAUGAAAAUAACCCAGAGUUUACAGGAAUUAUGUCGGGCAGACAUACAAAUUAAAGACCAAAAAAGAGCACAGUUCAUCAUUUUCUUUCCUUUGAUAGCAGUAUGUCACAAAGAUAAUUUUAUAUAUUUGGAGUUAGUUGGAGAGGGUUAAAAAGUGUAAAAAAAAAACACAGUACAUCUCUGCUGUGUUUUGUAGAUCCCUCAAACCUACUGUGAUCAUAAUAAGUCACUGAAAUGCCAUCUGAACAACAGACUAAUUCUGCUACCAAUAAACCAAUAAUAUCUAGGUUUAACUGGCUCAAAUAAUCAUUUGUAUCUUCUAUGAUCAUUUCUUACAAACAUUACAUGUAUCUCCAUGAAAUUCUCAUUGUAUAUAAAAACUAUACAUGUAUCCUGUAAAUCAAAUGACAGAUUUUGACUCUUUGAGUUGUCAGAGCUACUGGGUUAAUUGAUUAGAUUUAAUAUUUUCAUAUAAGGACCCUCUGUCUAAAUGUACCUGAAGAUGUGAAGGAAGCGUGGUCUCAAAAAUAUCUUGGAUAACAGAUGAUGCAUUGAUGAGCUCAUUUUAUUCAUCUGAUUUGUCACAGACACAAAUACAUACAGGAAGAAACCAAAAUGAUAUCAAACAGAAACAUUUCGCACAAAAAUAGUUCUCCUCCAUGAAUAAAAACAAAGAUGAAGAUAAAAAAAAACCCCGACAUAUUCAAACAAAGUAUGGCUUUUUAUUUCUGCUUUACAGCAGUGGCCAAUACACAUAACAGGUCUAAUUGAUGAAGACAGUUAAUGACAAUACAAACUCCCAUUUCACUGUUCACCAUCGUUAUACUGAAGAUUACACAAAAAUAAAGUGUGUGUUGACAUCGCCAUUAUUUACAUCUCUUUGCAUUGCUUUUUCUCUUAAGACCUGUUUACAUUUAAACUGAACAAGCUUCAUGUUGAAUUUGGCAAGUUUUCCACGCUUUUAGGGCGCACUCACAGUAGGCAAUCUGUACCAUGCCUUAGCACGCUUCAGCCCCAAAGUCAAGUUUGUUUGACUAGUGUGUGCGCUAUGAUCCGUGUUCAAGUACGGUACACUUACUUGGCCCUGGCAUGCUUGGAAGAGGUGUGCUUCGGCAUGAUACAGUUGUUCAUUCACAAGUACAAGCAAUUGUACACAACGUGGACAGCCUUCAUUAUCUAGAUAUUCUGUGUUAUGGCUGUAUCUGAAUAUUAGGACUCAAAAUAAGCCACCAUGUUGACAAAUGCAGUAUUCUCUUUGUUGUCCAAUUUGCAGACAUAGACUCGAUCGGGCAUUGCUAUUUUACGGUCUUGUAAACUAAGCACGCUUCAUGAUCACGUAAAGCCAUGCAUGUGUUGAAAUACAACAUUAUGACAGAGGUAGCCUAACAGGCUAACCUCUGUCCGGUUAGUCCUGGAGCAGUGUGAGUGCAGGCCAGCGGUGGAAUGCAGAAGGUGGGCAAUCAUGCUUAAAGCACGGUACAGGACAACUUUUCCUAGUGUGAGUGCGCCCUUAGUCAAAUACAAUUUUUCCGUGUGUCUUGAGAAGGAAAAUUAACAUAUUGGCAACAAUACUCAAGCAGUGAGUUAAACAAAAGGACAUUAUUCACCAUGAACUUGAAUUAAAGGGUUUGUUGACUUGUCAUGCUUUUACUUCAUACUGCUCUUAUGUUGCAUGUUCUUUAUCCAUUGAUACUAAAAGUAUCACAUUCCCAAUUCUAACCAACACUUCCAUGUUUGUGUUUGAGAAGAGAGAGUUGACGGCCAUGUGAAACAAUUAAAGCUUGUCUAGCACUG